AUGUCCAUGAAGCCUUCUAGAGGAAGUUCAAGUGUUCCCUACAACCCUCCUCCCCAAGAAAACAAUCCAAAACCAAAACAGAACAUUAGGGUAUUCUUUGCCCCUUCAACACAAGACAAUGUCCCCAUUGUUAACCCUACUCCUCCUGGCAGUACCACAACUCCAACAUCCCCCUCAACCGAGCCCAUCACCAACCCUACUACCCCCGUUACCACUCCGACAUCACCCGACACGAAUCCCUCCCCGACCAUCCCUACGCCGACAUCACCCGACACGAAUCCCUCCCCGACCGUCCCUACGCCAACAUUACCCGACACAAUUCCCUCCCCGACCGUCCCUACCCCGACAUUGCCCGACACAAAUCCCACCCCAACUGCGCCCAUCAUGACUCCUCCGACUGUCCCGACCACUACUCCAUCGACUCCGCCGUCGUCAUCGGGAGGGACGUGGUGUGUUGCGAAUCAAGGCGCUUCACCAACUGCACUACAAGUAGCUCUAGACUAUGCUUGUGGUUAUGGUGCAGGAUGCUCUGCAAUUCAGACUGGUGGGAGUUGUUAUGAACCAGACACCGUUCAAAAUCAUGCUUCUUAUGCUUUCAAUGAUUAUUACCAGAAGCACCCAGAUCCGACCAACUGCGUUUUCGGAGGAGCAGCUCAGCUUACUAACACCGAUCCAAGUACUGCAAACUGUCACUACGCAGCAUCCUCGUCAACAGAUGUGAGUCCACCAGCCAGAAUGGCACCACCAGCCACCAUGUCCCCACCAAGUACCACCACCAUGGCUCCACCGUUCAGCAUGACCCCGCCAACGUCUACCGGGCCAGGUGGGGACACAGUUUAUGGUUCAGCAGGACCUACCGGACUCCCCAAUUCAGCCAUCUCAGUGUCGUUCCGGUUUUGGCCAAUCUAUGUGACGAUGAGUCUGGUGUGGUCGCUUGUUGCUGCAAACAUAUUCUAGGCAAGAGUCAAUCAACUUUCAGAGGCACGAUCGCAGUUCCAUUGGUUCCUUAGCAUUACAACAAUCUUUGAGAAUCAACAAUGGGAUGAUCAUCUCAGUGGCAUCGAUACAUUAAGAUCUACAGCUAUAGGUAUCGAUCUAUGCAUGCAUAAAAGCUGGAGCAGGGGGAAAAUAUGAACAUCAUAGAAUAUCUUAGGUUCUAGCAUUCAUAGAUGUUAUCAUAGCUGCUUGUUCAGAGUUGUAGUUCGAAUAAUAAGUUAUUGAGAUCUAGGAAUGCU